CGCUUUCCUUUUCCCUCUCGCUCCCUCUGUUUCUUAUGCCUCUCCGAGACAUUCCAGAUGUGGGCUAGCCUGGUUCUAUAGCAGCUAUACUCUACCUCUGAUGAUAACCAACACCAGAGUUGUACCACCACUGACUGGGUCCUUCACAGCUUCCCUGCUCCUUUUCCAUUUGACAGGACAGAUUUCAUGACAGCUACUGCUGCUCUGGGAUCUCUACCCACCAGGAUAUUGAGAUUACGCUGACAUUGUGGCUUUAAAAUGGGCUUGAUUGUUUCUUGGAUAAGCUUUUGAGGAAGCAGACAGUCCAAGGGGAAGACAGACAGCAGCUCUAGCUGGAUUUUGUUUCCUUGAGCGGAAAGAUUUUAAGUGUUUGGCUGCUGGAGAUUUGUUUGACUCUUAGUAAAAUGUAGUCAGCUUAAAUCAACUGAAUGGAGGGUGUUAAUACAAACUGUUUUGCUUCAAACAGUGUGAGGAAAAUGGCUUUUGUGUUUCACAAGUGGAUUACAAUGUGUACUUAUGCCUCGUGCUUGUUAGACUAUUACUGGCACUUGCAACAUUUCCAGGAGGGGGUAAAACCAUUACUGCUAAUGUUCUCUGUCCUUCGUUAUGUCUACGUGUUGUCUAGUUGUUGUCUGGCCUUGUGCUGAUUUCAGGUGAAAAUUACAUCAUUGCCAUCUGGAAAUUAUUUUCACAAAAAAAAGAGUCUAAGUGAUGUUCAGUCAGGAAACAAGUCCGGUCAUGUGGCAGCUUUGGCUGGCAUCCAUUCAGAUCUGAAUCCCCGCCUGGUUUUAUCUCUUCAUAAAAGAGAAAAAAAAAAUGAGAGAGCUUUAAAAAGGUUGACACAGAGAAGCAGAGAGGGAGAGAAAGUGAUAGAGAGAGGCUGGGGAGGGGAGUAUUUCCCGUAAUCAUAUCAUGAAGGCGGCGUUGUCCUCCCCUUCCUGCUCUCUCUUGUGUCUCAGACACAGUCCAGGUGACAUGAUCAGUGAACACAUUGGAUCUGCUCUGUCAUUACAGGCACAGGGACAUCACACUGCCUCGUCCAAGCCUCAAACUCUGUGUAGGGUGUCUGAGGGAGAGGUUACCAUGCUGCCAUUCGGACCUGCGUCUCUGGACCUGUCCAGGCAAGACCACCGGACACUGACCAGACUCUACUGCCAGAACGGAGGAUAUCACCUCAGGAUUUUACCAGACGGGACUGUGAGUGGUGGCAGGCAGGAAAAUGACCCAUAUGACAUCCUGAGGUUGAAGGCUGUGAGUGUGGGAGUGGUGGUCAUCAUCGGUGAGAUGACAGGAAGGUACCUGGCCAUGAACAAAAAUGGACACCUCUAUGGAUCACAAGCACUGAAUGAUGAGUGUUACUUCCUGGAGAAGUAUGAAGAAAACCACUACAAUACAUAUUGCUCUCAGAAGUACAACUGGUAUGUUGGGCUGAAAAGGAACGGCCAACCCAAAGCAGGACAAGACACCCAUCAGGGGCAGAAGGCCAUCUUUUUCCUGCCUAGGCAGGUAGGCAACGUGUAAAGCGAACCAGGAACCACGGACAUUGAUGUCUUCAAAUACACAGUAAUAGUGCAAUGUUACACUGGGCACCACAGUAUCCCAUGUAAAGGUCACUUAAAAUGUGUACAAUAAGCAGGUGAAGCCUGAGGCAAACACAUAAUGCUGUUUCAAGCUUUAAUGAUAAAAACCUGAGUAUUUUGUUUAUUCCUCUUGUAUAUGGAGGGAAUAUGUGAUCCAGCUCAUGUAAGCAGCUUCACAGGGAUAUGAGCUAUAAGCACAUGUACACCCUCUCACUGCAGACAAAAAAAUGUGUGCGGUACAAGUGCAUGUCACUCUUGAUAAAUGGGUGUUCACUUUGACCAGGGGUAUGAAAUACCACUGCUGGAUACACCAUUUUUACACAGAAAUAGUUUUACAUUUGAUCACAUCUGGCACAAAGGAAACCAACGCAGCAGAAAAAAUUUAAAAAAACAAAAAAAUGUUGACCAUCUGGUGUUGAAUUUAAACUCAAGGAAACAAAUUUUUUUCAAGGACUUGACUGUGUCCAAGUAUGUCAGCAAUGCUGCUCUUCAAACAAAUCAAGAGACAAAUACAGUAUCAGAAUUGUCCACUGUUUGAUGUCUAAAACAUCGAAUUGUUUUCACUUUUAGAUCAAGGUACAAAACCAAUGAUAUGAUCUCAGUGCUUAAAUACUUUCUUUUAGAAAUAGCUUUCUUAUCUACGAUUUCCAUGACAAUAGAGAAUAAUUAUGUUCACAGGUCUGCUGAAAGCCUCGCAUUAGAGUUCAGCAGGGUCAACAUCUUGGUGACAUGAAAUUGAUCUGAAAUACAUUUUUUUUGAUAGGGAGGAAGACAUGAACCAAAUAUUGACCUUUCUGACCUGGACCAACAAAGUCAAAAAUAUUUUCAGUAGUAUUACUCUUUCAUAGCCCAAUAUGUUUCUGUAAACAUAUUUCUUCUUUUGCUGAAACACAUGUUGCUGUUAUAACCUCUUACACAAGGUUAAAUUACUAUUGUGAAUAUUUAUUUAUAAUGUUUUAUUGCUAAUCAAAUUAAAUUUCACUGAAUUGAGAUUUUUUUAUUAUUAUA